AUGGCUGCCAAUAUGCAACAGCACGUUCAGCACUUAGCAAAGCUUUGUAGAGUUUGUGGUGAAUACCUUGGCAAAAGGAAAUGCAAUUAUAACGUGAGCGAUAGGAUCAACGACCUUAACCGAUUCCUAUUCCUUAAUGUGGAGAAAGAUUCCGCCGAAGUUCACCCAACAAAAAUUUGCUCAAAAUGUUAUGCACGUAUAAAAAACAUUCGAGAUCGCUCUACAACAACAAAGCACGAGCAUAUAUCCUGGAUACCCCAUUCCGAUAACUGUCGAGUGUGCAAGGAGGGGAGCUCUAGAAAGGGGGGUAAACCCAUACCCAAAGCAAAAUCAGGCAGACCAAAAGCUGGUAAAAAACUGUGGAGGAGAAAAGACUUUGAAGAAUUUUUAAGCAUGACCCCUGAAAACGAACCUGCUUACGACCUCGGUGCAGUUAAGCCGGAACACAAUGCACACUUAAACUUGUGUUUGUGCCCCAUGUGUCACAACCUACUUUCUCGGCCUGUUUUACUAUCCUGUCAGCAUGCAUACUGCCUUUCAUGCCUUGUCAAACAUUUUGAAGGGAAAACUGAAGAGGAAGCAAAAUGCCCCACUUGCGGCAGUGAAUCAUUGGUGGGAACAAUUCGUUUUUCGAAACAUCACGUGGAAAUGCUUAAAUGCCUCCGAGUCGCAUGUGAUAAGCAUUGUGGUAAACUGUUUCCACUUAAAUCAAAAGCGGCAUUGUUAGAACAUCAAAGAUCUUGUUUUCCGAAAACAACCCUAACACCCCUUUUUGAAAAGACUUUUAAUUUGGACAAUUCAAUACCAAGGGAGAUUGAAGAUGUGGCUGUGCAAGUUAUUCAGCAUAAAAUUGCCAAUUCCAGAAAUCCAAUUAAAAGCAUUGAAUUCAAGACAGGUGGAUCCAGGCCAUUAGUCUUGACAUCUACUCCAAAAGGAAUUAAAGAAAAUGUUAGUCGCCGUCACUUGAGAAGAAGAACAAAAUUCCUUCACGACCAAAUCUUCACGGCAGCUGGAUCGACAAAAUUUUCCUUGUUAGGGCAGACUUCUGCCUUGGUAAAGCGCUUUCCUCAGGCAGAACGGGAGACAAUUUUGAAGGAAGCACAAUUAUCUUCUGCAACAAUAACUUCUGAAGCAAUGGUUGCUUUAAAAGCAGAUAUGGGUGUGCCCUGGGAGAAGAUGAAAACAAUGGCCAGGUGGUUGAAGACUUUCAACAUACAACCAGCUUCACAAGCCAGGCAAAGGCAAGUUGCAAAAAAUUGGUACGGUGAAAACUUAAAAGUUGAAGUUGCCCCAUUCCGCUUCGAGUCUAAGGACCAGAAAGGGGUAUAUGUAAUCCAACCCGCUCCUUGGUGUUAUGUUGAUGAUUUGCCAACACACUUUUAUGAACAUAUGGACAAACUGGCUGAGUGAGUUUUUCUUACAAAAAACAUUAAAUGCAUUCUGACUGUGCACAUAAACAACAACAGCAACAACAAUUACCUGGUUGUAUAAUACGAAGUUAUU